AUAACGAUCAGAGGUUGAAACAAGAAAUUUUUGCUGUGGCAAAGAGGCUUUUAUCCCUUCAUGUAACUAAAACAGCGUUUCAUUGCAAAGGUUUCCUAAAAGGACGGGGUCCUUGUGACGGUAGGAUCAUGCUAGAAAAUCUUUUUCAGUCCUCUACUUCAGUCUACCUGUUGGUGGCCAUUGUGGGGCUGCUGGUCCUCCAUCUUUUACCCAGCUUCAGCUCCCAAGGAAAGAAGAGUCCUCCUGGACCUAAACCUCUCCCCCUGCUUGGUAACUUGCUUCAGGUGGAUCUCAAGAGACUUGAUGGCAAUCUUUUUGAACUGUCCAAAAAAUAUGGACCAGUGUUCACAGUCUACUUUGGACUGAAGAAGGUGGUGGUCCUGGCAGGAUGCAAGACAGUCAAACACGCUUUGGUCAACUAUGCUGAGGAGUUUGGAGGCAGAGAGGUGACUCCCAUAUUCUACGAUUUUAACAAAGGACACGGCAUAAUAUUUUCCAAUGGUGACUCGUGGAAAGAAAUGAGGCGUUUUGCUCUCGCUACACUGAGAGGGAUGGGCAAAAGGAUUAGUGAAAGCAGAAUUAUAGAGGAAUGUCGGUACCUGAUAGAAGAGUUUAAACAACAUGAAGGUAAAGCCUUCAACAACACCCAAACAAUGAUUUAUGCAGCUUCAAAUAUUAUAUCAGCAAUCACUUUUGGAAAGAGGUUUGACUACAAAGACCCUCACCUCCACGCGAUGGUGGAAACAGCCCAUGAGUGCAUUCGUCUGACUGGAUCAGCAUCCAUCCUGUUGUACAACGUAUUUCCUUGGCUCGGCCCUUGUCUCAAAAACUGGAGGAAUCUGAUGAAGUGCUUGGAGGUCAACAAGCAGGAAAUAAGAAGUGUAAUAGUGAGCAUGAAGGAGGCUCUAACCCCUGAAAUAUGCACAUGCUUUGUUAAUUCUUUCCUGACCCGUAAACUAAAUCUGGAGGAGUCUGGAAUCAAUAAUUCACACUAUCAUGAUGACAACCUGCUUAACAGUGUGAUGAAUUUGAAUGCAGCUGGGACAGAUACUUCAGCAACUACACUUCAGUGGAGCUUGCUUUUCAUGGCCAAGUUCCCUCAUUUUCAAGACCAGGUCCAGGAGGAGUUACGGAGGGUCGUUGGAAAUCGUCAGAUCCGAGUAGACGACCGGAAGAACCUGCCUUUUACUGAUGCUGUCAUACACGAGUCACAGAGGCUGGCCAACAUUGUCCCAAUGGCCAUUCCUCACAAAACCAGCCGAGAUGUCACCUUCCAGGGCUACUUCAUCAAACAGGGGACUGUUGUGAUUCCUCUUCUUACUUCUGUCCUGCAUGAUGAGAGUGAAUGGGAGAGCCCACACACUUUCAACCCUUCCCACUUCCUGGAUAAGGAGGGUAAAUUUAUCAGGAGAGAUGCCUUCAUGGCUUUUUCAGCAGGUCGCAGGGUGUGCCUCGGAGAGGGCCUUGCCAGGAUGGAGCUGUUCCUUUUCUUCACUUCCCUCCUUCAGGACUUUCGUUUCACUCCUCCACCCGGAGUCACAGAGGAUGAUCUCGAUCUGUCUCCAGUCGUGGGCUUCACCCUCAACCCCACACCUCACGAGCUGUGUGCCAUCCCAGUUGGAGAGUGGGGGACUUGAUUAAUGCUUUGUGAUUUUAUGCCAUGGCAGGAGCAGGAAUUACCUCCAUUUUCUGGAUUUUUAAAAAGCCUGACCUGCCGAUUCCGAUUUUGGCCGAUACCGUAUUAACAUUAUUAUUUCUACCCUUUACUAUAUUUUCUGUUCACUUUGUAACUCAUUUCAUGAAUAACAGUUUUUUUUCAUGGAAAACAACACACAUUUUCUUGGUGACCCC